CCUCCAGCUUCUUCCCCCCAUAGUUUCACUGUCGCGUGGCCCCUCCCAGACUCCGUCGGUCCCUUCCUUUAUAGCGCCACGCCACCGUGCCCAUUAGUCUCGUCCCCAAUCGCCGAUUUUCCCAUCUGAUUGUCCCGUUGACAAUCGCUCGCAGGCAGCGAAGCCUCCCUAGCAGGCCAUGAAGCUCUCCUGCCUUCUCCUCGUCUCCUUCGCUGCCGCGGCGUUGGCGUCGGAGGGCGCGGUGGAGGUCGCGGGCGGCGGCGGCGGCGGGCGGCUGGCGUCGGACCCGGAGAAGAAGUGCGUGUACACGGUGUACGUGCGGACGGGGUCGAUCUGGAAGGGCGGGACGGACUCGAAGAUCGGCGUGACGCUGCUGGGCUCGGACGGCACGGGCAUCCGGAUCGGCGACCUGGAGCGGUGGGGCGGCCUGAUGGAGGACGGCCACGACUACUACGAGCGGGGCAACCUCGACAUCUUCAGCGGCCGCGGGCCCUGCAUGGCCCGCCUCCCGUGCUGGGCCAACGUCACCUCCGACGGCGCCGGCGCGCACCACGGCUGGUACUGCAACUACGUCGAGGUCACGGUCACGGGGCCCCACAUGGGCUGCGCGCAGCAGCUCUUCACCGUCGAGCAGUGGCUCGCCACCGACGCCUCGCCGUACCGCCUCUACGCCGUCCGGGACACGUGCUCCUCAGGGGACUCUGGCUCCGUCUCCGUCUCCGCGCCGGUCGCCACGGGAGACGAGGCCAGGGGCGCCGCUUCUUGACUUGAAAUCCCCAUGGCCGGCCGUGCUGUCAGUGGGGAAAGACUUUUGAUAUCUUCCCGUCUGAAUGUGAUUACUGUGUUGUACUACUACUAGUAAGCGUGAUCUGCUACUCUGAUCGAUGCGCGCGGUCAGCUUUUGCCGGUUUCCUGUUAUCAUCGUUGGGAAAUAAAAUCAGGGCCUCCCUUUUGGUUUACAACAUCCA